GCCGCGGGCCAUGGCGGGCGAGAACCACCAGUGGCAGGGCAGCAUCCUCUACAACAUGCUUAUGAGCGCGAAGCAAACGCGCGCGGCUCCUGAGGCUCCAGAGACGCGGCUGGUGGAUCAGUGCUGGGGCUGUUCGUGCGGCGAUGAGCCCGGGGUGGGCAGAGAGGGGCUGCUGGGCGGGCGGAACGUGUCGCUCCUGUACCGCUGCUGCUUUUGCGGUAAAGACCACCCACGGCAGGGCAGCAUCCUCUACAGCAUGCUCACGAGCGCAAAGCAAACGUACGCGGCACCGAAGGCGCCCGAGGCGACGCUGGGUCCGUGCUGGGGCUGUUCGUGCGGCUCUGAUCCCGGGGUGGGCAGAGCGGGGCUUCCGGGUGGGCGGCCCGUGGCACUCCUGUACCGCUGCUGCUUUUGUGGUGAAGACCACCCGCGGCAGGGCAGCAUCCUCUACAGCUUGCUCACUAGCGCAAAGCAAACGCACGUGGCUCCGGCAGCGCCCGAGGCACGGCCAGUGGGCGCGUGGUGGGACCGCUCCUACUUCGCGCAGAGGCCAGGGGGUAGAGAGGCGCUACCAGGCGGGCGGGCCAUGGGGCUUCUGUACCGCUGCUGCUUUUGCGGUGAAGACCACCCGCAGCAGGGCAGCACCCUCUACUGCAUGCCCACGAGCACAAAUCAAGUGCAGGCGGCUCCGGGGGAGCGGCCGAGGGCCCCCUGGUGGGACACCUCCUCUGGUGCGCUGCGGCCAGUGGCGCUCAAGAGUCCACAGGUGGUCUGCGAGGCAGCCUCAGCUGGCCUGUUGAAGACGCUGCGCUUUGUCAAGUACUUGCCCUGCUUCCAGGUGCUGCCCCUGGACCAGCAGCUGGUGCUGGUGCGCAACUGCUGGGCGUCCCUGCUCAUGCUUGAGCUGGCCCAGGACCGCUUGCAGUUCGAGACUGUAGAAGUCUCGGAGCCCAGCAUGCUGCAGAAGAUCCUCACCACCAGGCGGCGGGAGACCGGGGGCGACGAGCCACUGCCCGUGUCCACGCUGCAGCCCCAUUUGGCACCGCCGGCGGAGGCCAGGAAGGUGCCCUCCGCCUCCCAGGUCCAAGCCAUCAAGUGCUUUCUUUCCAAGUGCUGGAGUCUGAACAUCAGUACCAAGGAGUACGCCUACCUCAAGGGGACCGUGCUCUUUAACCCGGACGUGCCGGGCCUGCAGUGCGUGAAGUACAUUCAGGGACUCCAGUGGGGAACUCAGCAGAUACUCAGUGAACACGCCAGGAUGACGCACCAAGGGCCCCAUGACAGAUUCAUCGAACUGAAUAGUACCCUUUUCCUGCUGAGAUUCAUCAAUGCCAAUGUCAUUGCUGAACUGUUCUUCAGGCCCAUCAUUGGCACAGUCAGCAUGGAUGAUAUGAUGCUGGAAAUGCUUUGUACAAAGUUGUAAAGGCCUGUGGGCCACACAAAUGCAGUAGUGCAGUUCACCAUGAGGGAAGAAUAAAGAGCUGUGGGCAAAAGAGUGUAAAAUAUUUUAAAAUAAACUUUCUUAUUAUUUUUACAUGCAGAGUAUUUUGUAUUCAAUUAAAGAAAUACUUUUAUUCCA